AUGGUCCUUCCUCACCACAUUGCUACAUGCACUGGAAGAAAUAAGAAAGAGGGUCCCUCCACGGACAAGUAUGGUUUUGAAACCAAUCUAUGCACUCUUGCUGAAUUCAAUUUACAGCCCAGCUGGAUAAGAAGAAAUGGUCAAUCUGGCAUGGGACCACCCUACUCUGACCACAGUGGGAAUGAGACUUAUUUCCUAUCAUUGUCCUCUGAUAUGAAAUCCUCUUCUCCAUCUUUAAGGACAAAUGUUUUCCCAACUGAUGAAGAACACGUUAGCCAGAUUAAAUUUCAUUAUUGGGUCCAUCAAACGAGUGGAACAUUGAUGGUGGGGCUUCAGAAACACUCUGAAGAUACUGUUACAAAUAUUUGGAAAGUUUCAAGAGAACUGCGAAAUCCGUGGAAUGUAAAUACCAUCACAAUCAAUAGCACCGAAAAGUAUGAGGUUAGAAUAUUUUGGGGGAUAGUGGAGACCUAGAGAGAAGGUGAAAUUGUUGCCAUUGAUGAUAUUACAUUUAGUGAAGGAUGUUUUUUGGCAUGUGCACUGCAGAUUUCCAGGUUUGAGCUUGGCUCUGCGAGCGGCGCUCAGAGGGUUUGGCUGCAAACUGGCCACGAGAUCAAUUCCUGCUCUUUCCUGAGGGAUGGGAGCAGCAGCACUGAAGGGAGGGGGUUCAGCCAUUUUGAGUGGUUGGAUGUUAAUGACAAUGUAUUAUAUGAAGGUGCAUAUCUAAACAGCUCCAUAUGUAGUUGUUCCAGCAAGAAUUGCUGUUUUCUUUACUCCAUGGCAGAGAACAGUGUUCUCAAGGCAGAACUGCUCAUGAAUCACGAAAGGAGGAACAUGUGCUCAUUUCCAAAAGUGUUUGAAAUUAAGGAGGAGCAUGUCUUGUGGGAAGCCAACAUUGUGACUAAGAAGGAAUGCGUCAAAGUGAAUAUGCAGCUACCAACAGGGCUAGAAAACAUAAAGGUAUGAAUGAAAAAGGCUUGUGCUCAAUUUUUCAAGAUUGAGGUGCAGUCCAUGGUGCCUGGAUCAGCCUGUGACUCUCACUCAGAUUGCUCUGAUGGCAGCAGUGAGGAGCCAGCAGCCUCUAAUUCUACUUUAGGAGAUUUUGAGACUGACCUUUGUGGAUGGAAGCCACUGAGUAAAGGUGAUGCUGGCUGGAACAUAAUGAAGGAACAGGCUACCCUGGACAGAAAACUCCCUGGCAGAGGUCAUACAAAUAAUGUGGAGAAUGGAACCUUCAUUUASUUCAGUGGAUCAYAUCAGAYRAACRCAAAGUUGGCCAUGUCUCAUCUGGRAAGCCYUUCMCUUGUCAGGCUGUCCCCUGGGCUCUCYUGCUGCCAGCUCACUUGGAAUACACACCUCACAACCAYUUCCCUCUCAGCAUUAAAACCAGGRAAAAAAGCUGCUGUAUGUGACUUUGAGAGAGAGAGCUGUGGCUGGAUUGAAACUGUAAAUGCAGAUGGAUUUGAGUGGGUAAGAAGUUCCAGCAGUGCUCUUCCACCUGCAUUUCAGAAGCAAGCUACUCUGUGGGAUCACACCUACAAUAAACCUGAUAUAGUAAAAGGUGGCAGGUAUUACAAUUAUGGACAGUCAGUUGCUUUCCAAUUGCCAGUUGAUAAGAUCAGCCUGGGUUUUUAUCGGGGCAUCUCAGCAACUGAUGACAUUAGAUUUGAAAACUGUGCUCUCCCACCUCCAGCAUGAAGUUGUGAAGGUCCAAAUCACUCCUGGUGCAGAGASACAAAAGUUUGCGUUGACAAUUCAUUGGUCUGUGAUCUUGUGGAUGAUGGCAGGGAUGGAUUGGACCAAGACAGCUGUAAUUUUGGUGGAAGGCACCGUAGAUAUGGUUUCACUGGAGACAUUGGACUUGAUGAUGUGACUUUUCCAGGCCGUACUCUUUACWAUAGAAACUUGCCCAUUAUUUCUACAACUACUUCAGUAAAUUCAGUUCCUGCCACGCUCCCCAUGAACAACUGCACAGAGAUGGAGUUUGUCUGCCUCCAGAUGAUCCAGAAGUGUGAUUUUAUACCUGACUGCUCAGAGAAGUCAAUCACCUCUGAAAUUAUUUCACACAUAUCACAAGUGGCAUUCAAGUGGCAGCUUGGAAGAGGGGCAAAUCUCUACCCUGAGCAAGAACAACUGAGCAUUGAAGAAGGUUGGUAUCUGAUUGCAGACAGCUCAAAAGGAGAAUUUGGUGACACAGCUGACAUUCCUACCCCAGUCAUUUCCCUUACAGAGUCCAGAUGAAAAAUCAUAUUCUGGAACCACAUGAAUGGUUCAACAAUAGGUUCUCUGGAGGUACUCUGUAAAAGCAGUAACAGGACUUCUAAACUGUGCACUCAAAGUGGCAGCCAUGGUCCCCAGUGGAACGGAGCAGAAGYGUUUUUAGGAAAUUGUUCAAAUUUUCAGCUCUGUAAUUUUCAUUCGGAUAUUUUCAGGGCAAAACGUGGUAUCACUUACAUGGUGGAUGUGGCAGUGGAUGAUAUUACCUUUGAAGAUUGUUCCCCUCUGCUUAUCUCAGCCAAACCUCACACAUCAGAGGAAUUCAUGUGUGCCAACAAGUGCUGCAUCCCAAAGAAUAAUCUGUGUGAUUUUGUAAAUGGUGCAGAUAACUCAGAUGAAAGCUCUAGUAUUUGCAGUGCAUCUAUUGGCCACUGCAGUUUUGAGUUUGACCUUUGUGGAUGGAAGCAAGAUGUAAAUGAUGAUUUCAUUUACUGAAUGAAAAUGAACCUAAGAACUAGCAAUACUGGAAAACUGGGCACUGGACCAACUACUGAUCAUACACCACAAGAGCUAUCUGACCAUUAUAUUUUUAUAAAGAGUUCAUUUUUUUAUCUACUAGGACAGAAAGCUAGGAUUUGUAAUCCUAUCCUAAGCAGAAGGAAUAAAAACUCGCAGAUAAUUUUCUGUUAUCAUAUGUAUGGAGGUCACAUGGGAUCAUUGAUUAUCUACCAGAGAACUACAUMAAAACAUGAAAAAAUUCUCCUUAAUCUUACUGGAAACCAGGGAAAUUUCUGGCAGUGCAAGGCCCUGACCCUGUCUGGAGAUGGCGAUGAUGAUUUUCACGUUAUCUUUGAAGGGGUAGCUGGAAAAGGCCCAAACAUGGCACCUGAUGACCUCACAUUUUCCAGGGAGUGCUUAUCAUCCCAGCAGUUUUUACCAGCAGGACCCACAAAGCUGCUUCCAACAGACUCUGUUCUCUUAAUGGGAGAUUGCAGUAAGAUUCUUGAUUUAGGUUCUGCCUCGUGUAGGGGGCUGCCUGUGUCCACAUCAGCCCAGGAAGACAUCCUGGCCACACUGAACCUCGUCAAAAAGUUGCAGUUGYUUCUGCUCCUGCUCACAUGGCUCAGGCAGUGCCAGAAUGGCAAGUGUUAGGGAGCAGAACAAAGCUGUGAUUUUCAAGACAACUGAGGGGAUAAUACAGACGAGAGUGAAUGCAGAACUUCCUGCACCUUUGAGAAUGGCAGAUGUGGCUGGCAAAAUUCCCUGGCUGACAGUUUUAACUGGGUGCUAGGGGUCAGUUUGCCUCACAGCCAACCUCCCGGGGACCACACGCUUGGAAACAGAGYUGGACAAUUUCUAUAUAUCACUGCAAUAAGCCAAAUAAAUGAAAAAGCCCACGUGAAGUGUUCCAUAUGGAAAGAAUCAAGUGGGACUUGUGUGAUGAGCUUCUGGUACUUCAAAUCAUCAAAACCCAUGGGACAUAUUCAGAUUCUGAUUAAGACUGAUGAUGCGAUUGUUAAAAUAUGGAGUGAAUUAGGAAAUCAUGUUGAUAAUUGGAACAAAGUCAGGUUACCCUUGGGGAAGCUGAGGAAUUUUGAGAUUAYCUUUGAAGGCAUUGGUACCAGAGACCUGGGAGGAGGAGCAGCAAUAGAUGACAUAGAGUUCAGCARCUGCAUCACAAUUGGAGAGAAUCCCAGGSAAUGUCCUGCCUCCACUGAUUUUGUGUGUGGGAAUGAGAAUUGCAUAGAGCCUCAGUUCACCUGCGACUAUAAAGCAGAUGAAGGCCUAUCAAUCGAGGCUGACUGCAGGUACAACUUACCCAUUAAAAAAGGCACCCAGCAGGUGCAGAUAGGUCAUGUGACUCUGUUACUACACAAUAUUCCUGGAAGCUSUAACUUUGAAGCACAAGAUCAAGAGUAGACAACUGUAUGUGGGUUAACACAAGACUCUGCUGAUAAUUUUGACUGGAAUAUCAAAAGUGUUGUCACAGGACAAACAGGUCCUCAUACUGACCACACACCAGGUAAAGGACAGAGUUUUUUGUAUGUACCAUAUUUCUUCCCAGCCAAUCUUGGGGUUUGUACAGUUUGUUUCUGGUUCUGGAUGUUUGCCUCUAGGCAAACAGGAGUCUUGAAGGUGCACACAGCUGAAGAGCAUGGAAUGGAUAUCCUUAUGUGGUCUCCUAGCAGAAAUGAAGGAAACAAAUGGAURUAUGGAAGUGUAGUCCUCUCCAGCAACAGCCUUUUCAGAGUUCCCUUUGAAGCUGUCAAACCCACAGAAUUUAUUCUUGMUGACAUUUCUUUCACUCCAGAAUGCAUUGAUGGAGUUAUGCURUUACACAAAUCCAUUAAAGAUUGUUUUGAUGGUUCUUUGUUAUGUUCACCAAUCAGUCAAUGUAUGGCACUCUCCCAGCGUUGUGAUGGAAUUGCAGACUGUGUUGAUUCCAGCCUCAAUGAGUCUGGCUGUUCAGUUUGUCCUGAAGAGUACAGCAAAAAUGGAGGGAAAUGCAUMAUCAAAGACAACAUUCCAUCAUGCCAAUACGGAAAAGGAUGGAAAGGAAACUAUUGCCACAUAARUGCUAAGCCCCUUCAGCCUCCAACUUCAAGUCUCCUACAAAAUGAUAUUUGGAUUGGAUUCGGUAUUGGUUUCUUACUGAUUAAAAUUACAGCUGUGGCCUUGCAUUUUCUUUUGAAGAAGAAAGUGCCAGACACGAAAGUGCAGGAAACUGCCAUUUCUUCAUUUGCCAAUCCAUUGUAUAAAGACCUUUGUUCAUCUGGGAAAAUAAAGUCUCCUGGAUAUGCCACCUCACCUGCUGUUCAAAUCAGUGUUUCUACAUGGCAUGAGUAUCCAUUUAAUGAAGAAGUGAAUGCUACUUCUUUUCCAAAUCCUCUCUAUGGUGCAGAAGUAGAAGACAUGGAGAAAUUAUGUAGUUCUUUGAAAACAGCUCUACAUUUCUGUAAUGCUGACCACAGUGCUACUGAGAAAUUUAGCUUAGAGCGUGGAAACUGGUGUGUUCAGGAAACCAUAUUUCUGCUGAAUAGGUUGGUGUCCCGCACGGCUGAAACUUAUGUCAGCCCAUGCCUCCAUAAGAAGGAUACCAGGGUGGAAUUCUGGAGUGCCUUAUGA